CAGGGCCGAAAGCGGACCAGAUAUGAAUUCGGGUGUAUGUGUUCUGCUAUGCUAAGUAGCGAGACGGUACGAGGUCAACCGGUCACAGCUGGGAGGCCAAAAUGUGCGGUCGAUGAACGCUGCGGCCAGGGCGUCUCGUUCUUGUGCGAAAAGAAUCGUCUGCCGGCCGGUGGAAGUGGACGAAUCGCGCAUGGAGUUCACGAUAAGUCGCAGCGAGAGAGAGAAAUGGUCAGCAGAGCGUGACGCAUUGUGCAGUCUUGAUCAGCUUGUGCAUUUUAGGCCUGGCUGACUCCAUGGCUAUGCGUAGAGUUCGGAGUCGUGAUGGAAGGAUGACGCCGCCUAAGUAGAUGGAAGGGUGACGCCGCAUAAGUACAAACCCACACGGCCUGAUCGAC